AUGGCCGAACUCUCCACCUCCAGCUCCGCCGCAACCCCCAUCGAGCCAGCCACGGAAAAACCAAGCCCCCACAAAGAAACCCAUUCCUCCUCCUCCCCCCUCCUCCGCGACUUCACCAUAGGCCUAGCAGACGGCCUCACCGUCCCCUUCGCCCUCACAGCCGGCCUCUCCAGCCUCGGAAACACGCACCUAGUGAUCCUCGCCGGCCUCGCCGAACUCUUCGCCGGUUCCAUCUCCAUGGGUCUCGGCGCCUACCUCGCCACCGUGACCGAAGCCAAACAUUACCGGAACGAGGAGGCGCGGGAGUGGAAAGAAGUGAUCGAGAAACCAGCAGAGGAGGAGGAGGAGAUUUAUGAGGUUUUUGCUAGUUAUGGGGUGAGAAGGGAGGAGGCGAGGGGGGUUGUGCAGGGAUUGAAGAGGGAUCCGGAGGUGUGGGUGAGGUUUAUGAUGGAUUUUGAGCUCCAGCUCGAGAGACCGGCGGCUAAAGGGGCGUGGCUUGCGGGUCUAGUAAUGGCCGUCGCCUACUUCUUCGGUGGUUUACUGCCAAUGAUCCCCUACUUCGCCUUCCACAACGUCACCCACGCCCUCUUCACCUCCAUCGGCAUCACGGCCUUCAUCCUCGUCGUCUUCGGCUACGUCAAAGCCAUCAUCACUGGCUGUCAACGCAAAGAUGCGCUGUGGAGUGCUUUGCAGACACUCGUCAUUGGAGUUGUGGCGGCGGGUGUUUCGUACGGGAUUGUUAGGGGCGUGAAUAGUAGUGUGCAUGUUGCCGCGUAA